CCACAGUUAUAUACAGCAUGCUGUGCCGCCAGUUCAUUAUUGAAAGACAAAACACGGACGUUUUUAUUCACAUAUCCAUAUGGCGUACUUUUCAUCCACACACAUCCUCGGUUCAAAGUUCGACAUGCUUGAUCGAUAUACCGACCUCUCGCCUAUUGGGAUGGGAGCGUUCGGGGUUGUCUGUUCGGCCAAAGACUUUGAUAAAGAGGAGGUGGCAAUCAAGAAGGUCGUGCAGCCCUUCUCCUCUGCUGAGAUGACGAAGCGGACGUAUCGCGAGUUGAAGCUGUUGACGCUCUUGGUGCAUGAGAAUGUAAUAUCCUUGCAAAAUGUGUUCAUCUCACCUGCUGAAGAUUUGUAUCUGGUCACUGAUUUCAUGGAUACAGAUCUCCAGCAGUUGCUGGGAAAGGCAUGCUUAGAGCCACAACAUACAGGGUACUUCUUCUACCAGAUUAUAAGAGGGCUCAAGUAUAUCCAUUCGGCUGGCGUCAUUCAUCGGGAUCUCAAGCCGAGCAAUAUCCUGAUCAAUGCCCAGUGUGACGUGAAACUCUGCGACUUUGGUCUUGCCUGCCAGAAUCGGGACCAUAUGACGGGUUACGUCGCAACGAGAUACUACCGAUCCCCCGAGGUGAUGCUCACUUGGGGACGGUACAGUACCGCCAUGGAUAUCUGGAGCGCCGGGUGUAUUCUGGCGGAGAUGCUGACAGGACGGGUUUUGUUUCCAGGAAGGAAUCAUAUCCAUCAGUUCUCCGUGAUUACCGAGUUACUGGGAAUGCCGCCAAAGUAUAUUUUGAAGAACGCGAGCAGGAAGGUACCUUGCAAUCUCUCCGAAAAAAAAAAAAUCAGAAGUGCCAGACAGACUUACAAAGUGCAGACAUGCGCAUUUAUCGAAAUGCUUGCCGUCCGUCCACGACAGUCAUUCACAACACUACCCAUCACGGAUCCGUUGGUGAUCGACUUAUUAGGCCAGAUCCUAGUAUAUUCGAGCGAGAGUCGGCUUUCGGCUGCCGAGAUUCUGCAGCACCCGUAUCUGGCGCCGUAUCACGACCAGACUGACGAGCCCGAGGCAAAAAAGCAGGUCUCAUUGUCGUCAUUUGAUGUUCCAUUGCCGAUCGAGGCCUGGAGGGCAAUUUUAUAUUCGGAGAUCUUUGACUAUUUGCGAGAGCCAGAGGAUAUCCAUUGUGGUCACCCAGUGGCUGUCGCGGUCAAAGAGAUCACUGUAUAG